AUGAACAAACUACGUAUCAUUUCUCCUCAAUUUUCCGCUUUCCGAGCAUUUUCCACUAGUCCCAGUCGCCAUGCCAGCUUGGGGGCCUGCGGCAUGAAGCCGGAUUACGGCCCGUUGGAGAUAGGGCGGUGUACUCUCAAGAACGGCAUCCAGCUCGUCUCGGCGAAGCCUUUUGGGGCGCCGAUGGCAGCCUGCACCAUACUUUAUCAGAGCGGUUCCCGCUUCGAGUAUGACGACCAGCUCGGAGCGACCCAUUUCCUGCGAACAUGUUCAAGCACUGCUGGCUGUUCUUAUAGUACCUUCAGUAAAACUAGAGUGCUACAGCAGCUUGGAUCGUACAUAACUGUCAACUCGGACCGGCAAAGUAUCGCGUUCUCCCUCCGAUGUCCCGUCCCCGCGUUCCAUGACGUCAAAUACUACCUGCUAGAUAUUGCAGCUAGAACAUGCUUCCGCCAACACGAGAUUGACGCAUACAAGCCCCAACUCAAACGGGACUUGGAAUACAUUCACCCCGAGGUUCUUGUGAUGGACCUGAUCCAGAAAGCCUGCUGGGGCGGCGGACUGAACAACUCCGUCUUCUGCGAGAUGGAACGUAUUGACAGCAUGUCAUCUACUGACUUAGACGCGUUCUCGACGCUAAAUAUGCGCUCUGAUACGUGCACGGUGGGCAGUUAUGGCUUGCCGCAUGAUGAGGUGAUGGAUUAUGCCGAAAUGAUUGAAUAUAAACGGGAGCUGCCAGUGACCCCGCGAUGCUAUCCACCCUCGUUCGCUCGCGGCGGCUUUGAGUACCACGACCUGGGACCGGGCUCUGAUACGUGGAUCGCUGUUGCCGUUCCUGGCUGUGGAAACAUGGACCUUCCCUGUCUAAUGACGCACAACAUCAUCGCGUCGGCGUGCGGCACGGGCAACAACUCACGCGGGCAACACGACGAGGACCGCGUGCCGCAGCCGCCGUUAGGAGCCUACGCUACUGAUAUCUUCACGAAGUUCAGGGCUUUCAAUAUAUCUUAUGCGGAUUCUGGAGUUUUUGGUAUUCUCGUGAAGACACGGUCUUGUAGCGCAGGCUCGGCUGCCUUCAUUGCUGCGAGCUUCUUGAAGAAGCUAGGAGAACUAACUCCCUAUCAGAUUUGCGUUGGAAGGCAGAGGCUAAAACUGGACAUAGCUUUUCAAGAAGAAGACUGUGUUAGCAUCUCCGAGGGUAUGGCGCUGCAGGCGGCGUGCUGUGCGCGCCUCGACAACGCCUACGAAACCAUCAAAUUAUUGAACACUGUCACUGACCAGGAAGUGUUUGCUACUGCGAAGUGCUUGGCCAGCAAAUGUAAGCGUUUUUAUGUUAUUUAUAAGCUAAUUGCCUCUGCCGGCGACUUCCUUUACUGCCGAUAUAUGUAA